AUGGACUGUCCGAGCCCCCAUCCACCAGAACCAGUGAGUUCGGAUCAGUCUGAUUCUCUGCGCUCUGAGUCGGAGGGGGACCAGCUUGAGGACCUAGGGGUUCGGCCCAACACCCAGACCUGGCCGGUGGCGGUGGUCAGUGGGGAGGAAGACUCUGCCAGUCCUCUUCAUCAUGUCAACCAUGGCAUCAUCACACCCUGUACCCUCGACGGCGAGGCCGACGCGGUGGUUAUAGGAAUGACCCGUAUACUUGUCAUAGAGAACCCACAGUACUUCAGACACGGACACAAUUGCAACAAACCCACCACCUACGUGCAGCAUAUAAAGCGCGGGGACAUCAUUCUGAAGAGGGAGCUGGGAGAGGGGGCGUUUGGGAAGGUGUUCCUGGCAGAGUGCUAUAACCUGAGCCCCACCAAGGAGAAGAUGCUGGUGGCUGUAAAG